CAGGUGAAGAAAUUAUAAACCUUAUACUGAAUGAAAAAAAUUUUCUUAAAGUUGCAUAUACUCCAAGAAAAAACCCUAAAUGUUUUCAUAUUUUGCCUGAAUAUAAAAUUUAAACAAGAAAUUUCCACAGAAGGGAUAAGUAAGACCAACCCUGAGUAAACUCGGAAGUGGAGGAAGCGGGUCUCUCCCAAGAGGGUUCGUGAAGAGGACAUCACACUGACGCCCAAGCAGCCGGGCACCGCAGUGGGACCGUGGACUUCUGGUUCGCGUAUGCGUGGAGGGUCCUCCUCCAUUCCUGUAACCUGGGUCUCUAUUUAAGGCUUUGAACUCAGCAUAAACUCUGUGGCCAUCACCAUGUUCUGGAAGUUUGACUUGAAUACCACGUCCCAUGUCGACAAGCUGCUGGAUAAGGAGGACGUGACGCUGCGUGAGUUAAUGGACGAAGAUGACACCUUGCAGGAGUGCAAGGCUCAGAACCGGAAGCUGCUGGACUUCCUGUGCAGGCAGCAGUGUAUGGAGGAGCUGGUGAGCCUCAUCACCCAGGACCCGCCCUUGGACAUGGAAGAGAAGGUCCGCUUCAAAUACCCGAACACGGCCUGCGAGCUGCUGACUUGUGACGUGCCGCAGAUCAACGACAGACUGGGAGGGGACGAGACGCUGCUGAACCUUCUCUACGACUUCUUGGAUCAUGAGCCGCCUCUCAAUCCUCUGCUCGCCAGUUUUUUCAGCAAGACCAUUGGCAAUCUCAUUGCAAGAAAGACCGAACAGGUGAUUGUGUUCCUGAAGAAGAAGGACAAGUUCGUCAGCCUGGUGCUCAGGCACAUCGGCACCUCGGCGCUCAUGGACCUGCUUCUGCGCCUGGUCAGCUGCGUGGAGCCAGCGGGGCUCCGGCAGGAAGUCCUGCAUUGGCUUGAUGAAGAGAAGGUCAUCCAGAGACUCGUGGAGCUGAUCCAUCCGAGCCAAGACGAAGACAGGCAGUCCAACGCUUCUCAGACUCUGUGUGACAUCGUCCGCCUGGGCAGGGAGCAGGGCGGCCAGCUGCCAGAGGCUCCGGACCCCGACCCCCUCGUCACUGCGCUGGAGUCGCAGGAUUGCGUGGAGCAGCUGCUGAGGAACAUGUUUGACGGCGACCAGACCGAGAGCUGCCUCGUCAGUGGGACCCAGGUGUUGCUUACCUUGUUGGAAGGUCGCCGGGCUGGGACAGAGGGCUUGGUGGACUCCUUUUCUCAGGGACUGGAGAGGUUGUGUCCUGUCAGCGGCAGCGUCCUGCAUGGCAUUGAGCCGCGGCUGAAGGACUUCCAUCAGCUUCUGCUCAGCCCGCCAAAGAAGACCGCCAUCCUGACCACCAUCGGCGUGCUGGAGGAGCCCCUGGGGAACGCGCGCCUGCACGGCGCCCGCCUCAUGGCCGCGCUGCUACACACGAACACGCCCAGCAUCAACCGGGAGCUCUGCCGGCUCAACACCAUGGGUCUGCUGCUGGACCUGUUUUUUAAGUACACCUGGAAUAACUUUCUGCACUUCCAAGUGGAACUGUGCAUAGGCGCCAUCCUCUCCCACGCCUCCCGCGAGGAUGGGGCGGAAGCUGGCGGGCCCGAGAGCAUGGCGGAGCCUCCGCCGGGGAACGGGCAUCCAGAGACCCCCCAGUCCGCUGCCAGCCACCCCGAGAACACAAUGGUGAUGCACCUGUUCCAGCAGUGCUGCCUGGUCCAGAGGAUCCUGGAGGCCUGGGAAGCCAAUGACCACACACAGGCAGCAGGCGGCAUGAGGCGUGGAAACAUGGGCCACCUCACCCGGAUCGCCAAUGCGGUAGUGCGGAACCUGGAGGGCGGCCCCGCGCAGACCCCUGUCAGCGAGGUCAUCCGAGGGCUCCCCGCGGACUGCCGUGGGCGCUGGGAGAGCUUCGUGGAGGAGACGCUGACGGAGACCAACCGCAGGAACGCCGUGGACCUGGUGAGCACCCACCACCUUCAUCCCUCGAGUGAGGACGAGGACAUGGAGGGCGUUUUCCCUAAUGAGCUGUCCCUUCAGCAGGCGUUCUCCGAGUACCAGGUCCAGCAGAUGACAGCCACCUUUGUGGAUCAGUUUGGCUUCAAUGACGAGGAGUUCGCAGACCAGGACGACAGCGUCAAUGCUCCAUUCGACAGGAUCGCAGAGAUAAACUUCAACGUCGACGCCGACGAGGACAGCCCCAGCGCGGCUCUGUUUGAGGCCUGCUGCGGCGACCACAUUCAGCCCUUUGAUGACGAGGAGGACGAUGACAUCUGGGAGGACAAGGAGGCCCACUGCGCCGCCCGGGUAACCGCCAGAGCCAGGUUUGGGGGCCCUCAGGCUUCAGAGAAUGGCCUGGUGCCUGGAGUCCGGGACCCGGGGGAAGCAGACACCGCUGCAGCGCGGGCGGGGACCCCUCCAGCCACUGCCCAGAAGGACGGUCCCCGCAUGGACUACGGAUCGGAAGGCCCCACAUGGACGGUGUUUGAUGAUCCCGUGACCCCUCCGGCCCCAGCCCGAGGAGUGGCAAUGGAUGUGGGUUCCAGUGUGUGGGCGGACAGCACCCCAAGCACCUCGGCCCUGGAGGAGAAAGGCUGGGCCAAGUUUGCCGACUUCCAGCCUUUCUGCUGCUCCGAGUCGGGGCCCAGGUGCAGCUCCCCCGUGGACACAGGCCUCGGCAAUACCCAAGGUGGCCUGCGCCAGGGCCUGGAGAGAGCCCGGGGAGGACAGUCCUUUCACGUGGCAGGCGGCGUACCCGUUUCGCAAGCUGAAGCUCUUGCAUGCCCAUACGAGUCUGGGGGUCCCUGGAUGUCACUGGGUCCCUGUCUUGCAGUUGGCCCUGCCUCCCCAUGCGCUUGGAACGUGUGUGUCUCCAGGGACACCCCUCUGGUGGCCUCCGAUAGUGAAGAGGAUGAACAGAAGGCUGUCACCUCAGAAGCUGUCAGUACAGGGCCUGGCCAAGAGGUCCCCCUACUGCCCACGUCUGUCCCCAGGGCCCAGCGCGCCACCAGCACACCACCCGAUCCUGCCUCCCCUGCACCUGCAGAAGCCACCUUUGCCCUGGCCGUGGCUGUCCCCCCCGAGGCAGCCAGCACAGCCCUGAGCAAGGCCAGUCCUGUGCCAGUCUCCCCGGCAGUCUCUCCUGUUCUAGCCGUGGCCAUCACCACUGCAGCCUCAGUCAUGGCCAGCCCGGCCAUCACCACGGUGGCCAUCCUGGGGACAGUGACCAAGGACAGGAAGGUGGAUGUGCCAGCGCCUGCAGGAGCCACCUCCAACGGCCCCGUGUGACGCUGCUGCCACCCAGCCGUGGCACCCUAAUUGAAAAAACUACCUGGUGAUGCAAUUUGUCUUUUUUAAUUUAAAAUAAAUGCUGCAUUGGUGAAGCUGGCAGUUGGACCCUGUCAACGGCCCAGCUUACGUCGCUCCUGCCUGACCCCAUGCACAGCAGUAAGGCCUCGGGCAUGCACUCUGCCCUCCAGAGCCGGGGCCGUGACCCCAAGAUGUCACGAGGACUGUGGGUGUGAUGGGCAUGGACGCUGCAGGGUCCCAGACUGUUUUCCCCAAUUUUUUAAAUGCAGAAAGAGCCGUGUUUGCACUCUGGACCCAACUGCAGCAGAGGGUCCCCCUGGCUCUGGGGACAAGCGCAUGUCUGGAGCUGGGCUGGCCUUGAGCCAGGCUGCAAAAUUCGACUGCCUUAAAAAACAAGAUCCUCACAGCCUGGCGGGGGCAACCCGGGCCUCGCGCUCUGGUGGUCUGGGGCUCCUGGCAGGAGCUGACCGUGGGCGUGGGGUGGGGGGUCUGCACCUGUGGGGACAGGGCUGCGUUGUCUUGGAGGGCCCACGGGAUUGUUUGAUGUGGAGUCUGGUUUUAAUGUUCCGAUCUGACAGGGCACCCCAACCCCCAAUAAAGUUGUGUUCCUUGUACUGACAA